AAUUAUCAAGGCCUCGGGAUGUGUGUUUGUGGCCUACAGCAUCAAGACGACUUUGUUGAUCUGGAUGACUCAUCAUAAUCCUUUCCCUCGCCUCUACAGACGCCAUUCAUUCAGCGCAGUUAGACAUGCUAAUAUCGAGGCAUUUCCGGAUGAUGGCGCAUUAUCUGGACGCCCAAUAAAUCAACCAGUUGCCUCUCUGAUGCAUGGCCAUUGACUUUCAAGUUUUGCAUACAACCCAUCCACAACCGCAUUCUGCCUCGACUUCAACGACCUCUUAGAAAUGGACUUCGAAUAUGCCGACCAGUACCGUGACCUACGAUCUCGACGACGCACUCGAAAUCGAGAUGCCAAACAGGCCUCCAAGUACUACGGCUAUCGCGGUGUGCAUCCCAGUUGGGUUGGCCAACCCCACUAUGCAUUCACUUCUACAUCAGGUACGCGGCGUUCUCUGACAGGAGAGUAUUCUUCCUUCUAUGAAGCCAUGUAUCCGGCAUUCGCUCCUCUCAUCUCAAUGCCUCAGCAUAUGAGGAUAUCAACCUGGACCAAACAUGACAUGUGGGUUGACCGAGACACCGACAUUUGGCCUCUGGAUCGACGGCAUCACAGGGGCAAGAAGAUUCGAGAGAAAAGGAGCACCAAAUGGACGAUGGAGACACUGGGGAGAAGUAUGAAGGCGAAAACCAAGGCCGUAAACGGUGCGAUUGCCGAAGGCCAAGCAGAAGUGGCGAUGUCGUAUAACCACGAUGGAUUGAACAGCGUCGACGAUGCAGCAGAAUCUGGCCAGUUAGAUGGUGAUAACGAAGUAGACUGGGACGGCUCGGUGGCUCGCGAUGGUGUCGACAAGGAUGAUCGUCGACAAGCAGAUGAUGAACCGAGGAAUCUUUCUGACCAUGACGAUAAUUCAGGGGACGAAGAGACAUUUGAGUUCGUGUCAGUCAAGGACUUUGACGUGCAGUCAUUGUCGUCCAUGGAGGAUUUUGAUCCUUGACUUCAUCCCACCAUGUGCUGCCAUGAGAAAACAGCAGCAGUCAAUUCUCCGCCAGGGCUGAGUGUAUCGUGCUAUAAGUACGGGGGUGCCUCUCUUCUCCACUAACAUGGCUGUACGCUAAAAUCAAUACAUGACCUGUCGACUUUGUGGAUGAAGUUGAAGCCCAAGGGCACUGGCGAAAAAAAGAAUCGUUCUACGUACGUCAAGCUUCUUAAGCUUUUUUCUCGCCUUCGAAUCGAUAUGGCAUGAGAUCGAUUGUCGGCCCUUUUAGCGGCCGCCUCGCUCUUACGAAACCCGAUGAACGAGACCAACAAUUAAUGGUGGACGAUAUCCGAACUUGGUAUCCGUACGCCGGCGUCGUCUCUAGCAGAAAGUCGGAGAGUGGCUUGUUUCACAAUGCAUAUUGGAUUCGAGGUAACCCCAUGACAUCUGACUUUCUGACACCACUACUAGACCCACGGCGAGACUACAAAAAAGUACUGUACAAUGUCAACAAGCAGCGCGGAGUCUGGGGUGACAC